AUGGCUGCAAUAAAUAGACGCUUGCUUUUACUAAUUUUGCUGCGAAGAAGAUUAUCUAGAGCAAGGCAAAGCAAGCGAUGUUGGGUUCGUAAAAUAUUUUCCGAACGUACUUUCAAAGGUGAAUAUCAUGUGCUCAUUCAAGAAAUGAAAUUGUUUGACCAUGAGUACUUUUUUAAACAAUUUCGCAUGUCACCAACCCGGUUUGAGCAUUUGUUGUCACUGAUUGCUCCAAUUAUUACGAAAUGUUCAUUGCGCAGGGAGGCAAUUAGUCCGUCAGAAAGACUUUGUUUAACAUUACGCUAUCUAGUGACUGGUGAUUCUCAAGUAUCCAUUGCAUGUAGUUAUUGCGUAAGUCCGACAUCAAUUACUCGCAUAGUUGCAGAAACGUGCGAAGCUCUUUGGACGAUGUUAUUGAGAGAAGGCUACUUAAAAUGUCCUACAACGAGUGAAGAGUGGAAAAAAAUAUCCCAAAAGUUCGAAGAAUUAUGGAACUUUCCAAACUGCGUAGGUGCAAUUGAUGGUAAACACGUUAUGAUGCAAGCACCUGCAUCAUCUGGCUCUACUUUUUUUAAUUAUAAAAAGCAUCACAGCAUAGUUCUGUUAGCUGUAUGUAAUGCCACUUACGAAUUUACGCUAGUGGACGUAGGUCAGUCAGGACGGAAUAGCGAUGGAGGAGUGUUUUUAAAUAGUGACCUUGGAACGGCAAUAAACGAUCAAACGUUGGGCAUUCCUAAUGCAAGAAUACUUCGUGGAACUCAAGAGAAUUUCCCAUAUGUUUUUGUGGGCGAUGAAGCAUUUCCCCUCAAGCGAUUUAUGAUGAAACCAUAUGCUAGAAGCAAUCUUAAUAGCAAAAAAAGAAUAUGUAACUACCGCUUUUCUCGAGCACGGAGGGUUAUAGAGAAUUGUUUUGGAAUAUGCGCUUCAAGAUUUCGAAUCUUCCGUCGACCAAUAUCAAGAAAAAUAGAGACUGUUGUGAAAAUAACAAAAGCUGUGGUGGCUCUCCACAAUUAUUUAAUGAAACACGAAUCGGCUAGUUAUUGCCCCCCAGGUUACCCUGAUGUAGAGGCGACAAAUGGUAUAACACCUAGAGAAUGGCGAAGUGAAACAACAGAUUGUAAUGGCUUAUUACCUAUCGCUAACCAAGGUUCUAAUAAUUUUAGUAGGUCAGCAGCACAGAUACGAGAUCAAUUUUGCACAUACUUUAAUUCUCCGGCUGGUUCAUUAAGUUGGCAAUGGGAUAUAGUAAAUACAACUGCAGAUAUGUGA